AGUGCGAGCCAGGCCGUCGUCACGCGUGCUACUCAGCCGUCAUUCAGGUUCAGUGCGAAACGCGCUCUCGAACUCGAAGGAUCCUUCGCCUCCUUUGAUCCCCCACUCGGCUUGUACGGGACGAAAGACAGAAAGAGAGAGGCUUUCCUUGGCUACGAACAACGAGUACCACGUCGACGCUGUUUUGCCGUUGCCGUCAACGCGGGAAACAUCUCAUCGAUCCCUGGGUCCUCCAUGAGCGCCGGUCUCGGGGCUCCUGCGUCGUUUCUUGGGACCACACGGACCUGAUCUAGAGGAUCCUGCACGUCGUCGAGAGGUACUGAGGCCUGAAGUCGACGGGAUGAUCGACAGGACGAGCUUGGUGGUCCUUCUUGGACUCCUGAGUCUUACUUGCGGCUUGCAAUGCCCGAAACAAAGACAAUCGCCUGGCAGAGAAGUGGUCUGCUACACUUCCGCUUCCAACGUGCAACAGCUGACAGAGGCUGUUUGCAAAUGCACCACUCUGGUGCAGCAAGGCCACGACGUGCAAAAUCUCUCGAUUUCCGAAUUCGAGGACUUUCGGAAGUCGUUGAAGGAGAUUAUUCCGCCUCUUCAGUUCGUGGUUUCUGUGGACGACCCUGGACAGACGCUGAGAACUUCCGGCACAGUUCGUCAAGAGAUCAUCGCUCGUUUGAUCGGAGUUUUGAAAGAGGUUGAUGGAGUCGAAUUGAACAUGACUGCAGGGACUAAGGAGCGUCUGGUCCAGUUCGUGACGGACCUAAAAGACGAACUGACGAGAAAAUCCUACGACAAGAGAAUCUUCUUGGUCCUACCCACGAAAUCGGAAGACAUGGCGAAGCAAUUCGAUCUGAAGAAAUUAUCAAAGUACGUGGAUCUAUUCACCAUCCCGACGCACUACCUGAUCGAAGAUGACGAGGCCUAUCGCACUUUCCAUCCGUCACGAUUGAUGGGUCUCUUCGACAUGUUCAACGCGGACAGCUUGAUCGACUUAAUCAGCGGAUUGGGCGCACCUAAGAGAAAGAUCCUGAUGUCAUUGCCAGCCAAUGCCUACGAGUUCACGCUGAAGGAUCAGGACGACAAUGCCCCAAGGGCUCCAAGUGAAGAGAUGCAGCCGGUUAUCAUUGAUCAGAAACAGCUGUGCGAUCUGAUGAAGGGUGGAGAAUGGACAGUGGAAAGAGACGAAGACCUGACUGCUCCUUACGCUUUUAAGGACAAAAAGUGGAUCGCUUUUGAAGAUAGGAUAUCAGUUGCGAUAAAGGGGAAAUACGCGCUGCUUCGUGAUCUUCCAGGAUUGGCGAUACACGAUAUAGAGAAUGAUUACAAAACCGAUUGUGGUAUGACUCUCACGCAUAAUAUUCAUCAUUCCUUCUCGGAUUUCAAGAGGAAAUCGAGAGCUGCUGUUUUGAAUGCUUUGGAAGAUGAUUUACACCAAAAAGAACUUGAAUAUCCAACCAAAGUCAAAUCGUCCGACUUUCGAGUUGUCCGUGUGGUAGACACGGAAGGACACAUCAGAGUAGUUCGCGAGAACACUCAAACCGAGUUCACCUGCUCCAGACAAGGCUACUUUGUUCAUCCUAAGAGUUGUAAUAGGUUCUAUCGUUGCGUUAAAUUCAACCAAGAAGUGGAGGACUAUUCGGUGUUCGAGUUUGAUUGUCCAGCAGGUUUAUCUUUCGAUGAGCGUACAGAAGUUUGUGUUUGGCCAGGAUCCAUGCCCGAGGGCUCUCCGUGUCCUGGAAGCAGUGAAAUUGCACCUGUAGCACGUGUAAGAUUCGAGUGUCCUGCUAAGUCUGGUUACUAUGCGGAUCCUCAAAAUCCCCGUUGGUUCUUCGCCUGCAUUGAUUUAGGUGGUCCUGAAAUAAUGGCUUACGAGUUCCGAUGCCCGUUCGGACUGAUCUUCGACGAGCAAAAGCUAGUUUGCGAGUGGCCCUGGUUGGUAGUUGGCUACAGUGGCACUGAUUAUACGAGAUCGCAAUAUGACAACAGAGUAUACGGUACUGGGUCUACCCCAGGCACUGGUGGAUACUACACAGGUGGAUUACCUCAUGGAUACACGGGAACGGCGGGAGGAGGGUACACUGUCUCGACAGGUGAUAUAGGACAUGCUGGAGUUGGAUACACCGGUGAUCAUGGAUCGGCGUUCGGGCAAGGAACAGCUGGAACUGGACACACUGGAUCAGCCACUGGUGGAACAUCCUAUACUGGUCAAUUACCUGGUGGUUAUACUGGAGCAACUGGAACUGGCUAUUCUGGAGCAGCUGGAGUAGGUGGCCAUAGAACUUCUUACGGUGGCCAAGGAUCUGGUGUGUACACUGGAACAACUGGAAGUGGCUACUCUGGAGCAGCAGGAGCAGGUAGUCAGGGAACGACGUACGAUGGUCAAGGAUCUGUAUAUACUGGAGCAACUGGAAGUGUGUAUUCUGGAACAGCUGGAGCAGGUGGUCAUAAAACUUCCUACGGUGGCCAAGGAUCUGGUGUGUAUACUGGAACAACUGGAAGUGGCUAUUCUGGAGGUGCAGGUGGUCAGGGAACGGCGUAUGGUGGUCAAGGAUCUGGUGUGUAUACUGGAACUGGAAGUGGCCAGUCUGGAACAGCAAGAGCAGGUAGUCAGGGAACGACCUAUGGUGGUCAAGGAUCUGGUGUAUAUUCUGGAACAACUGGAAGUGUGUAUUCUGGAGCAGCAGGAUCAGGUGGCCAUGGAACUCCAUACGGUGGUCAAGUGCCUGGUGGCGGCUCAGGAACUACUGGGGGUGGAUUCCCUGGAUCAGGAGCGAGCCAAACUGGAACUGGUCACGAAUAUUCAGGAACAAUUGGUACUGGUCAAGUAUCUACUGGUAUAGGCUAUACCGGAGCAGGAAGCAUCGGGCAUUCGGGAACAAGCGGAGUAUAUACUGGAACAACUGGUACAGGUUACACACCUGAUAAGGGACAUUCCGGACAAAGUCCAAUUGGUCACGGUACUGGAUCGGGAUCUAUCGAUGGAGGAUAUUCUGGAGCAACGGGUGGUGUUCACGGAGGAUCUAGUGGAGGAUAUGUAGGAACAAGUGGUAUUCAUGGAGGAUCUACUACAGGAAUAUAUUCAGGUACAACGAGUGGUGCUCAUGCCGGGUCCACUGGAGGAUAUGUGGGACCAGGUGGUGUUCAUGGAGGAUCCACUGGAACAAGCUACACAGGACCUGGUGCUGGAGGAUAUACAGGCUCAAGUGGUGCUCAUGCGGGAGCUACUGGAGGAUUUUCAGGAGGAAGUAGUGGAACUCCGAUCAUUGUGACGGAAGAUUACAGUGGAUCAGGAAUAAAAGGAGGCAGCUACCCUGGUUCAUCUGGUGCACAAUAUCCACAACAGGGAUCAGCGAUACCAGGAUCCACAGGAACAGCUGGACACCCCUAUCCUGGGCAAGCAGGAUCAAAAUAUCCGGGAUCUGGUUUGGGAGGUCAUGGUGGAUCUUCGAUACCUGGAAAACCCAACAUAUUUGGUACUCAACCAACGCAAACGCCCAUCUACGCAAGCUCUGGUAUAAUUGGAACUGGUAUAGAUUCUAGUGGAGUAACUGGCAUAUAUUCACAAACUCCUGGACCUGUUCUCGUGGAGAAGCCUAAUCAGCCAACCUGCAUCACAUGCUACUGGCCUUCACAAUCACCAGGUGGCCAAACCUACGGAACAGAUAUUUCAGGUCAUGGAGUUACAUCUGGAACAAGUAUUUAUCAUGGCACCAGUGGAGGCAGGGGAAGCCUGAAUACUACUUCAUAUAUAGGUCACGUACCUUCCAUCGGAAGCACAACGUAUCAUGGAGGUGUUACACCAACCAGUGGCUACAGCGUUACAACAGGAACAGGAGCAGGUGCUAUCGUGACAGGACACGGUAUUCAGGGAACAAUUAUCACAGGAGACUCUUCACAAGGAACACUUAUCACCCAUGGAGGUACUUCUGGCACGGUCUAUACAGGUUCAUCUGACCAAGGUAGUAUAAUAACUGGAGGUGACCACCCAGGCUACACGAAAACUGGCCCAGGCACACCUGGCUACGUAAUUAGCGAUGGAGUCAAAACUGUAUACUCUGGUUCAGCCAGCCCUGGAACUGUAAUAUAUGGAACACCUUCACCAGGUGUCGUAGUAACUGGAGCACCAGGUGCUGGAACUAUCAUAAAAGGUCAAACAGCUCCUGGAGUAGUACUCACGGGACAAACAGCUCCUGGAAUAGUUCUCACGGGACAAACAGCUCCUGGUGUAGUUCUCACGGGUCACACAGCUCCUGGAGGAUACGAUUCAGGUUAUUCGACAAAACCAGGUGGUGUGACUCCAGGAUCUUCCUACGGAAACAAAAUUGGAGGUGUGGUAUCGACUUCUGGCACUGGUUACAAGACCAACGAAUAUUACGACAAUGGAGGUCGCGGUACGAUUAGGUUUAACAAUGGCGACGUGACCACGAAGUACACUGAGAACGACAUUCCAGACUACAGACCAGCUGGUGGCACAAUUCCACCAGAUACUCUUCUUCCUGGUAGCAAAGAUAGUUCAAUUUCUACUGGAUUCGCUAAUACUGGACCUACCAAGACAAGUUUCACCCCUAUCACCCUGGGAGCUGGCCACGGCUACACAUUUAGUACAAGAAAACCAAGUCUUACUUCUAAUACCGAGAAUAUUGGCGCGGAAGCAUUCGCAGGCAAUGUGGCAGGAUACACAAAAUCUUCUACUGAAAGUUCUACUGAGGUUUAUUCAGGAACGACUUUAGCACACGGCCUAGACAUCGCUCAGAGACCUAUUAAUUUAGGGCCUUCAAAGGCUACUGGCUAUUCCUAUCCUACCCCUAGCAUUCCGUUCGAAACGGGAGUGACCAAGAUAUUACCUAUUGCUUCGACAGAAAGCAAUAUAAUCGGCACAGCUACUCCAACACCAUUCUUGAACGUUGAACUGUAUAAUACGCCAGGAUUCGGUGAUUCUGGAUCAAUCGGUUCAUCUACAGUUGUGAACACUUAUCAGAAGCCAUCUGGUUUUACAAAUGCACCAGUUCCAACUGUUACACCAGUUGCAUCGAUAUUCAAUAUUCCAACAAGACAACAUCCUUUGAAAGAACCGUUCGUUUUGGGUUCAGCCAUCACCCCAGCGGCUGGCUUUGUUCACACUUCCACCCCGGAGAAUGCGUUUGAACAAAGCGUGACACCCUCCGGCGUCACAAAGUUACAGAAACCACAGUAUGUGCCUGGUGAUUCCAUCUUGCCAACGGGCGAUAUAACUUACCAGAAACCAUUCCAGCCUGGUGUCACCUAUCAGCAAUCGAUACUGGUCCCAGGAGAUGGUUCGAGAACGUACGCAAGUGGACAACCCGGUUACACUGUUUCAUCGGGCAGCAGCGAUGGUUCACCUACAAACGUAGACAUUCCUAGAAACGAGGUCGGCAAACUCAUUACCAACUACAACAGAGGCACCACCAAAUACGUUCCAAAUAAAUACGAUAUUUACACAACGGGGUCCAUCUCUGGAGCCGAUUACUCCAGGACUCAAUCUUCCUCAUCCACGAUUCGUCAGGGUUACGGUCCAUCGACACCAUCCUCAGUCACUAGAACGCAAUCACCUUUCUCAGUGACGACUUAUUCCGGAGGAUACUCGAGACCAACUUCCAUUACAUCUUAUCAAACCACUGCCAAGUCGACAGCCGUAGGCAAGGCCAAGGUGAUCGUGAAAUGGAGCGAUCUGCACCCUCUACUGCUCGGAAAACUCGGUGCAGAGUGCACCUGCAGAGGAGAUCCCUUCGCCAAUCUCAGAGGUCCCGGUUCCAAGUUGAUCAACUCGUCAAAGGGCAAAGUAGACCUGUCCAAUUAUGACGAGUCAGAGAUUUACGUAGACCUCGAAAAGGAUGGGUCAAACGAGAGCGAAGACUAUGCUACCAACUACGACUCCUCUGUGACAAAGCCAAUAAAGGUCUGGAACAAUCAAAUCGCGCAACUUCUGAGCUCCUCGAGCAGCCAGGCCCAAGAGACUCUAUCGUCUAGCUAUCUACCUAGCAUCACUCCUUCCUCGAACCUAGGUGCUCGCGCCAGCGUCUCCGGAUUCUCCAAUCGCGGACACACUGCCAAUUUCAGAUCUGCUAAGAGUCUGAGCAACGUUGCAUCCCCGACCAACUCGAUCGGAAUUGCCAAAGACUUCGGCUCUCCUGUGGAUCGUUUGUCAGGAGACGGCGAGUCGGAAGAGAUCAUCGAUGGGGCAACCAACUGCGCCAGACCAGGUCUGUUCAGACACCCUAACUUCUGCAGCAAGUUCUACGCCUGCCAUUGGGACGAGUGGAAGAAGAAGUUCACGCUCCACGUGUUCAACUGCCCUGUGCAUUUAACUUUUGACAACGGCGCAGGCGCCUGCAACUGGCCUAGCAUGGGUCCAGCCUGCCAGGACGAUAAUCUGUUAGUCUAGAUGCUUCACUGUCGACGGAUCUCGGAUAUCGCGGCACAUUCUCUUCUUCUUCUCAUCUCUUUGAGAAAGUAGGAAACGAAGAUUCGAAUGCAGGGAGUGUGACAGAGUUUAGGGUAAACUCGUUACCUCGAGAAGGCAAUUUUGCGAAUAUCUAUCCGGUUAAUCUUUGCUAUACUCUGCGCAGAAGUAUUAAUUCUUUAUGACAACUUUCUGGAGGAAAUUAAUUUUCCAAAGAAAUAUUACGAUGAUCACCGAUUUUGAUCUAUUUUGAUCUUCGUCUGGAAACCAUUGUCUCUUCGCGAUGAUGAGUUUCUUUCGGUUUCUUCGCAAUUUUUAGCGUACAUUGUAUACAUUUGAGUACAUGUGAUAGGUUAUAUCGACAGAGCAGAGUUGAAAGGUAUCAUUGUAGUAGAUGACUAUUCGGAUUCUGCGACGAAAGACACAAGGCGUGAGGUAACGUUUAAUUAUAACGUGGUAACGGUUCACGUUCAGGUUCUUUUUACCAUUGAGACACGUGGAACGGGCAUAGCAGAAUGCUUUCCCGAGGUAACGAGAAUGGGGAGACAAAGAGGAAGAAAGAUCCAAGGCGAUCGAGGUGCCGCGACGCGAAAGCACACUGUCCGGAGUGAAAGUCAAGCUGUGCUCGCCGAUCCAAAUCGCGAGAGAGAAGCCGAUGGUGUGUGCGAUUCGAUGUCGCCGACGAAUCGUUGUAAAUAACGUCCCCUACUCUUCCAAAUUUUGUAAAUAACGACGAGUUACCCCUUUUUGGAAAAUUGAAACAGCGAGAAAGAGCAAGAAACUGGGACCAAAAAAAAUGGUAAAAUUAGGCCAAGAAAUUGAGUAAAAAUACUCGAGAUUCAGACAUGUCUUUUAACCCUCUAUGAUCCUGAAUAAUAUAGAAUUUACAUGAUCGGAUAUUUAUAUUUUACAAAUUUUUUUUCUGUUUUAUUAUUCUUUUUUGCAAACACUUUUAUCGUCCAGUCAAGUAUUCUUGGCAAUUUGUUUUUAUUUUAUAAAUUAAAAUGAAAAAUGGUGUGAUCGAUUAUAAUUAUGUUUCGCAAAUGAAAUAAGAUUUUUCAUCGUAGGGGGUUAAAUAGUAAUCAUAUAGCGUCUGUGUUAAUCGUCGUUGACCAAUUAAAUUCGACUGGAUCUUACUUUUACAAUUCGAGAAACUCAUUGGCGAUUUAUAUUUGUAUAUAUUUUAGAGAGGUAUAUCGAUAUCGAUGACGCGAUUCGUGCAAUUGAUGUAUCCCUUCAAUUCGUUUACUUUCUUUUCCGGAUUUCUCUGUGCUUCCUGUCAAUGACGGGAAGUGAAUUUUAAACGUUCUUUAUGCACUACUUAAGCUUGCCUUGAUUCUGUGUUCAUCUCU